AUGACAGAUGCUGUGCACCCGAUGACAUGGCAACCGUCCAAAGAUGGAGAGCGCCUGAUAGGGCGGAUCAUACUAAACAAGAGGAUGAAGGAUGGAACGGUGCCCCGAGACACAGGAUCUCUGCUGGGACUCAAGGUGGUUGGAGGAAAGAUGAUGGAUUCUGGUCGACUUUGUGCUUUCAUCACUAAAGUGAAGAGAGGAAGUCUAGCAGAUACUGUUGGUCACCUUCGACCAGGAGAUCAGGUUCUUGAAUGGAAUGGGAGGGUCCUACAAGGAGCAACAUUCAAGGAAGUUUAUAAUGUCAUUCUAGAAUCCAAGCCAGACCCCCAAGUGGAGCUGGUUGUGUCCCGUCCCAUACGAGAUUUUCCCAGUAUCUCAGAGAGCACACAUGGACAACUAGAAUCAAGUUCGAGUUUAUUUGAAUCCCAGAAGAUGGGUCGAGCGAUAUCCGUCACGUCCCCCAUGAGUCCCGGGAUGCUCCGCUACUCCCCACAGUGCCUGUCUGGACACGUCUCAAGUUCAUCACCUCAUAAUAACACAGCUCUAAUCUCCCUCCAGGUCAAACUGUGGUACGACAAGGUGGGUCACCAGCUCAUAGUCACCAUCCUGGGAGCUAAAGAAUUUCCUUCCAGGGAAGACGGCCGGCCCAGGAACCCCUAUGUUAAAAUAUACCUCCUCCCCGACAGAAGUGACAAAAGCAAAAGGAGAACGAAAACUGUGAAGAAGUCCCUGGAGCCUAAAUGGAACCAGACGUUCAUGUACAUGCCUGUCCACUGGAGGGAGUUUAGAGAGCGCAUGCUGGAGAUCACUCUGUGGGACCAGGCCAGGGUCAGAGAGGAUGAGAGUGAAUUCAUGGGAGGGAUCCUCAUAAACCUGGAGACAGCCCUGAUGGACGACACAGCCCACUGGUACAAGUUGCAAACCCACGAUGUAUCCUUCCUGGCAAUGCCCAACCCCUCACCCUACACGCAGAGGAAACUGCUGCCGGGAGAGAGCCCCACUAGAAGGUUACAGAUGUCCCAGAGAAUUAUUGACAGUGAGUUCUCUGAUUUUGACUGCGAGGACGGGAUCGGUGUCAUAGCAGACUACAGACAUAACGGCAGGGACUUCCAGAGCUCCACGCUGUCUGUUCCAGAACAGGUCAUGUCCUCCAACUACACCUCCCACUCUGACAUGGCCAGGACCUGGUCACGGUCGCCAAGUCUUCCCCCUCCACAGAGUCGUAGUUUGGACCACGGCAUGCGAGGGGGACCGCUUUCUUUUAGCUCAGGUCGGAUGGACCGGCAUCGCUUGUCUGAAGACUGCUACUCACCAGACAGAAAGACCAGGGUCUCCCCCUUUCUCCCCCUACACCCUGAGAUCAACCAGAAGACCAGGGUCUCCCCCUUUCUCCCCCUACACCCUGAGAUCAACCAGAAGACCAGGGUCUCCCCCUUUCUCCCCCUACACCCUGAGAUCAACCAGAAGACCAGGGUCUCCCCCUUUCUCCCCCUUGACCCUGAGAUCAACCAGAAGACCAGGGUCUCCCCCUUUCUCCCCCUACACCCUGAGAUCAACCAGAAGACCAGGGUCUCCCCCUUUCUCCCCCUACACCCUGAUAUCAACCAGAAGACCAGGGUCUCCCCCUUUCUCCCCCUUCACCCUGAGAUCAAACAGAAGACCAGGGUCUCCCCCUUUCUCCCCCUACACCCUGAGAUCAACCAGAAGACCAGGGUCUCCCCCUUUCUCCCCCUACACCCUGAGAUCAACCAGAAGACCAGGGUCUCCCCCUUUCUCCCCCUACACCCUGAGAUCAACCAGAAGACCAGGGUCUCCCCCUUUCCCCCCCAACACCCUGAGAUCAACCAGAAGACCAGGGUCUCCCCCUUUCUCCCCCUACACCCUGAGAUCAAACAGAAGACCCUCUUUAUGUCCAAGAAACCUCAGAUGAACACUUACUUGGUCCAAACCAGCACAACCGGUUCCCCAGUGUCUCAUCAAAGAGGACGACAGUUACCCAACGUCCCACCCAAGGGCUCGCUGGAUCGAAAGGAGGAAGGGAAGAAGAAGAUAAUUCGUCUGCCAGUCCAGAGGAGUGUUGAGACGGGAUUGGCCAUCGAGUUCAAGAGCAGAUUGACACGGCAGAUCAGCCGAGACUCUUCCGACCCUGACGCCGAGGCCAAGCCGGGAAAUCUUAUCUUCCCCGGUGUCCGUAUCACAUCUGACAUCCACUUCACUGAGUUCCUGGAAGGGUUGGGCCCCGCACAGCUAGCCGGUAGACAGACACUUGCCACGCCACCAAUGGGUGACAUCCAGAUAGGGAUGGUGUACAGGAAAGAACGUCUGGACGUGGAGGUUAUCAGGGCCAGAGGACUUGUGGGUAAACAAGGCAACAAGCAGCUGCCAGCCCCCUAUGUGAAAGUCUAUCUGAUGGACAACGGGAAAUGCAUAGUCAAAAAGAAAACCAGACUGGCUAAAAAAACAUUGGAUCCCCUCUACCAGCAGCAACUUCAGUUUGAGGAGAGUCCAGAGGGGAAGGUUUUACAGAUAAUCGUGUGGGGGGACUAUGGACGCAUGGACCACAAAUCCUUUAUGGGAGCUGCUCAGAUACUUUUAGAUGAUUUAGACUUAUCCAACAUGGUGAUUGGUUGGUUCAAACUGUUCCCCCCCACCUCAUUGGUGGAUCCAACUUUGGCACCUUUAACUAGCAAAGCAGCAGUAGCAGAACAAGCUGCAAAUGCAGCAAAAUUAAGGGAGAGCUAG